AUGUUCUUUGCGACUCAGCAGUGUGGCAUGGACAUAGACGGCGUCCCUCCACCCGUUCGCCGUGCACCGCGUGAGGUCCUCGAGCUUCAAAAGGCCAUCGAUGACUUCCAUCUGGAGGAAGACGGCUUCGACGACGAGGAAGCGGCCCCACCGCCAAUCCCACGGCUGAGGACGACUUCCUUAGGCCCGUCACCUACGGCCCAUGCCUCCAAGUCUCCAGCGGCCUCUCCGAAGCGUUCAGAAUGGUCACUACGCCAGUCAGCAGCUCCUUCGCGCCUUGCGACACCUCCCGCCAGGACCAUAGUGUUGCCGUAUCCUCAGUACAACGACCUUAUUUCGGUCCCAACCAGAGCCCCAGCUCCGGUCCCCGCACCUCUUCGCAUCGACACGAAUCCUGCUCCUACUCCGAACAGAUACGCACCUCCGCUUCCGAACAAGAGCCCUCUGCGAACACAGUUCGAACCCGAACCCCCCAGGCCAAGUCGGACCAACCAUGCUAGGAAUUUUUCACAUCCGUUCAAAAACCAACUCCAGUCUCAAUCGCAACCCAGAUAUGCCAAUACAUCUUCCUUCCGUAAUCCUCCUAGGCCGCUCUCGUACCGAAAGAGCUCUCGCGCGCCCUACAGCCUCCGGCGGUGGAGUUCUCUCGAGACGAUAGAUUCUGUUCAGACAACACAAGAAACCUCGAGAGAGAACUCUUUUGAUGGAUCGGAAAGUACACGCACUGGGACUAGCUUAGGUUCGAAGCGGCAGUAUCUCUCGUUCGACGAUGAUGACGAAGACGAGGACCUAACGGCUGAAGACAUACCCACAACGCCACCAUCAAGCAGCGUGCCACUACCCAGAACACCUUCUGAUCACUCACGCCCCGAAUCAUCCGCGAGCAGCUCAGUGCGGUCUACGUCCACUGCAACACACGGCAGUGGUUCGAAGAAAUCGACAACCGCAUCUAUCAUAAGGAAGCUGAAAGGAGACAAGGCGCCCGAACCACUGUUAAUACCUGAAAGUCUCGAGAUCGAAAAGAGAAUCUCGCUUGACCAACGUUCACCAACAAACUCAUCUACCUCAUCCAUGACCAUCUCCGGAAGACCUUCCGAAUUUGCCUUCCCAGGGUCGUCCCACGGCAACACAUCACAGCUAUCCGUAUCAAGUAAAGACUGGAAGUCGAGCAACUUCGACACAAGCGGCCUAAGCGAGGCCGAGCUGAAGAAGUGCAAGAAGAAAGGCAUCAAUCCGGCACUGUAUGCUGAGAUGAAGGCAGCGCGGAAAGGGCGCUUUGUCAGCCCCAUUGGAGGAAAUACCUUUUUAUAA